AAUUCCUGGGGAUUUUCUUCUGUGCUCUAUUCUUGUAUAAAAUACGAUCAGCCACCUACGUCUGCUAUUACGUAAGCUGGUUCGAACAUGCACCAACCUCUCUACGUUCUAGUUUAUCCCUCACCUUUAUUUGCUGCGCAUUGGUCUUUCUGGUUACCUUACAUUGACUCGAAUCGUCUAGAAUUAAAUACUGGCGAUCGGAUUCAUGUAACAGGUGACCGUUUCAAUGGUUUUUCAUAUGAAUAUAUCCCCAACUACAACAUUUCCGAAGACGACAGACAUCCGAACGCCUUUCCUAUUGGAUUGGUCCCGGAAGCACAUCUGAGUAGAGUGGGCGAAGACGGAAACGUCGUCUCAGCCGGAGAAAGCCAGGAAUAUACCGAAAAGAUACCUCUCAAUGCAUUUGAUAAGGCUUGUAAACAGGUCCCAGCACCAGGUCCUAGCCUCAACAAAGUGAACAUCACAGAUUCUAGUCAGGCCUCCAUCACAAUUCCCAAGAGAACUGAAGUGAAAGAUUGUCAAUGGUGGAUUAAACAGACUACUUCACAUUUAGUUCGGGUAGGACUGCUGUUGCCGCUGGACGAAAGGCGUAAGGGGGAAAGUCCCAUAUUGAGGGUAGAAAAUUUACCACGGCAUUAAUAAAAACUACAACCAAUUAUAUUUUCUUAUAAUCUUAAAUUAUUUAUCAUAUUUACCUCGUUAUCAUUCUUCUAGGUGGGCAUGGGUACAUACACACAUACAUGUAAGACAACCACCC